UGACCACCAUCAGAAGAAGCAUCAUCGUCCAUAUUGGGAAGGAAUACUCCAACACCCGACUUAUUGCGCUUAGACUUGCCCUGAGAGCCUCCCAUGAGGAGACUUUGACAGCCACUCGAGGAGUAUGAGCAAAGGAAAGGACCAAUCGCAGGGAGACCAGCUCGCGGCCCCCAGACACCCUGCUCCCAGUAAGAUAGCAAAAGGUCCCACAGUACAGGGGAGAGUCUCGAGGUGGUACAGGACAAGUGGAGCAGAGACAGUCCAGUACAGCGAGGGUUAAAGGGGCCUGCAGCAGUGCCAGAGAUCCCACUACAAAGUCCAGCAUGCCCCAGGAGAGAUGAGGAGCACAGUCUCGGGGUCAGGUACCCCCAGCUUAAUAUGGGCACUCACAACAAUGUUCAGAAUAAAAGCCAGCCUUUACAUCCCACCGUCGGCCACAGCAAGAAUCCAGGGCCUCUGCUGCUCAAGGAGCGGGGGUUGUCUAGACAACCAGACUGGCAAUAGGCCCCGCCCACGAAGGCCAAUAAUGGUGGCCACACCACAGGAAAACUCCAGGACCUCUCAGACCUGCAGGAAUCAGAUGGGGAGACCUCCGACACCUCGCCGCCGCAGGCUGUUAGUGUCCCAGCACCUCCUCUUCCCGGUCACCACCGCAGCCCAGGCACAGACGCUGCAGGGCCUCUGCCGGCACCGGAAUAAAACGGCAGAGCGGAGCACCGCCAGUCCAGAGCGUCCCCAGUCUUCAGAGGCAGAUGUGGCGGAGUCUUCUGCGGAGAUGCAGGAUCUUUACAGAGAGUUCCAGAGCCUGAAGAAAGGAAGAUUAAGCAUGGCGUCUGUACCGGAGUCUGAGAGUGCAGACUCAUGGGGCGGCCAUCUUAACCGCGGCAGCGUGACUCCGAAGUUGACUUCGGUUGAACGUGACUCCCUGAAGGCGUCUGCUCAGUACUUUGGAAUGAAGCUGAAAACAAAUUUGGGAGGAACCUUGAAAGAUCGCCCAGUAUCGUUGAAGUCCAGAACUCCCCUCAGGUUGUCCACAGCAAAAAAAACAAAGUUGAUUUCAUCUCCAGCUGGCUCCCUGGAUAUGGAUGUCCCUCCAAACAUCUCUCCUGAACCUACAGACAAAUUCCAGAAUAUCAGUUUAGAAAUCCAACCCCACAAGGCUAUGUUAACCCCCUCCUCACAAGACAACCCCAGGAGGAAACUUCACCAGCUGCAAGCCAAAGUUGGCCAGCGUCUGACAUCACUGAAUCUGGCCUGGCUGGAGAGGUGCGAGCAGACACUGGGCAGUGAAAAACUGCGAUUUAUUGGCAGUGGAGAAAGAAACUACCAAAAGGUUGACCCUCAUGUGGAGUCCAGGUCACCAUCAGGUCCAAGACCCUCAGAUUACUCACAGCUGGAAGUGAAGGCUCUGGUACCAUUUGAGCAGACAGCAAAGAGAAAAUCUCCAGAGGAAUGUGAGGAUCUGGACACAAACUCCAAAGUAGAAUCUAAGGAAGCAGCAAAAGGGGGAGCAAGCUUACCUACCCUGACAGAUCUGCACACGGCUGCAGCGGGUACCAGAAGUAACAUGGUGGCAAUGCUGUCAGAUUCACCUGGAAAGACUGUGCAAGAGAGGAGCCAUGACGCUGAGAAGCAGGCUACGAGGAGCUCCGCUCAGUAUGAGGUGAAAUCCAGGGCAAAGCCUAAACAGCCGUCUGAAGGGUCCCUCUGCGGAGAACAGGACAUUGGUUGGAAAUCUACUGAAAAUGGCAAGAAUGAAGUCACUGGCAAGACGGCCCGAGGCAAGGGUCAGCGUAGAGCAAAGAGGCAGAGAGACAAUCCUACCGACUCUGAAUCUGAGGAGCAGAAGGGCAGCACCCAGAAGUGCACCAAACAGAAGAGCAGACCCUCAAAGAAGGCCAAGACUGGUGGAGAAGACCCAGAAGAAAUGCCCCCGACUGAACCUGCCCAGGGCACGGAGAACCUUCUGGGUGAGGUUAUUGAUGAAGAAGCUUCGGUGCAGAGAGUCACUGUUGCCAGUGCAAAGAUUGUCAGGGCUUCCCAAAAACGGACCGGCAACUUUGUCCGGAUCAACCUGAAGAAGAAGUCUUAUGUGAAAGGGUUUGCACUGAAUGGGAAUAGACUGAGAAAACAGAUGUGGAAGCAGAAGUGGCAGAAGAAGGGUGAGCAGUUUGGAGGAGGUGGGAGUCACUUUAACCGCAGUGAGGACAUUUGCUUCCGUUGUAACCAGCCUGGACAUUGGGCCUCGCAGUGUCCUGGGAAAGGGAUCACUGUGCCCCUUCAGUCAGACGUCAUACCAGACGAGGAGGAGCUUGUGCUGCCAACGCUUGAGGAGGUGGCUCGGAUGACGAACACCCAACUAAUCCCGACCUGUGAGCUUAGAAAUGAUCCACAACAGCCAAGCUCAGAACCUGUGGUGGCCACGGGUAUUGUGAAGCCAAUGUAUGAGCCAGCUCCCCCUCCCCCUGCAAUGCAACCUCUGUAUGAGCUGACAGAGUCUGGGCGAGUUCGAGAGACCCCGUCUGAGGUGUACGAAUGCCUCCAUGAGCUGGGAUAUAAGACGUUUCGUCCAGGGCAGGAGGAGGCCGUCAUGAGGAUCUUGUCUGGCCUUUCCUCGCUGGUUAUCCUCUCAACUGGGAUGGGGAAGUCUCUGUGUUAUCAGCUUCCGGCUUACAUGUACGCUAUGAGGUCUUCGUGUAUUGCGCUGGUUAUAUCUCCGCUGGUCUCUCUCAUGGAUGAUCAGGUCUCGGGUCUUCCCUCAAAGCUCAAGGCUGUUUGUGUUCACUCCAACAUGACGCGGACUCAGCGUGAAGCUGCUAUGGAUAAGGUGAAGCAGGGAAAGGUCCACGUCGUCCUGCUGUCCCCUGAAGCCUUAGUCGGAGGAGGCCAGUCUUUCACCAGCUGUUUGCCCCCUGCUGACCAGCUCCCUCCAGUGGCCUUUGCUUGCAUUGAUGAAGUUCACUGUGUAUCUGAGUGGUCUCACAAUUUCCGGCCCUGCUACCUCCGCCUCUGUAAGGUUCUUCGGGAGCGCCUUGGUGUCCGCUGUCUUCUUGGUCUUACAGCUACGGCCACUCUGAGUACAGCGCAAGAUGUUGCUCGGCACCUGGAAGUUCCUGACGAUGGUGACGUUCCGGUGCGACUGGCUGCCGUCCCCUUAAACUUGCAUUUGUCUGUGUCCAUGGACCGGGAUCGGGACCAGGCUCUGGUGACUCUUUUGAAGCAAGAACGAUUUGGAAGUUUAGACUCAAUAAUUAUAUAUUGUACACGGAGGGAAGAGACUCAGCGCCUGGCGGCCAUGUUGCGCACCUGUCUGCAGGGGGUUACCGUGACUAAAACCAGAGAGGAUGAGGAUGAAGCCUCACAGGACAGGAAGAAGCUUCAAGCCAAGAAGAAGAUUCGGCGCCCUCUGAAGUGGAUGGCGGACUCCUACCAUGCCGGCCUGUCUUCUGCCGAGCGUCGCCGGGUGCAGAACAACUUCAUGAGUGGCCAGCUGCGGAUUGUUGUGGCCACGGUGGCCUUCGGGAUGGGGCUGGACAAGUGUGAUGUCAGGGGGAUCAUCCACUAUAAUAUGCCCAAAAACUUUGAGAGCUAUGUCCAGGAGAUCGGAAGAGCGGGGCGAGACGGCAAGGACGCUCAUUGUCACCUGUUCCUGGACCCCGAGUCCCAGGAUCUGGAUGAGCUUCGUCGCCAUGUGUACACAGACUCGGUGGAUUACUUUACGGUGAAGAAGCUUGUGCAGAGAGUGUUCCCUGAGUGCAGGUGCCGUGAGCUGCAGAGUAAGCGGGCAGCACUGAGCAGGGGCAAUGAGGUGGAUGACUCUGAGAUGAUGGAUCUCCUGGAGCAGUGCGAUGGUGGAGAGAGUGAAGGGAACCCUGUGCCCACUACAGAAGAGCCGACGGAGCGUGUCUGCCACCGACAUGAGCGAGCUCUGCCCGUAGAGGAGACUGUGCAGGCGCUAGAUGUCCGAGAGGAGAGUAUUGAGACCCUUCUGUGUUAUUUGGAGCUCCAUGAACGCCGGUGGCUGGAGCUUCUGCACCCUACACUCUCAAUUUGUCACGUCACUUGUUACAGUGGCCCCCAACAACUCCGUGGUUUGGCUCGCAGCUGCCCCCCUGUGGCCGUGGCCCUCGCCCGUGAACGUCUCUCUGGAGUUGAUCACACACAUGUAAGCUCUGUGGAGUUUAAUGCAGUUGCACUUGCAGACUCCAUGGGCUGGGAAGUUGUCCCUGUGAAGAGAGCGUUACGAGAUCUGCAGUGGAAUUCUUCAUCCGCAGGAGGAUUUCGAGGUACAGGAAGGAGUGGAGUGCUGGUAGAGUUCAGUAAACUCUCUUUCCACUUUUGGUCUUAUGGCGACCUCACAAAUAUGGAGCUGGAAGAAGUUUGUGAUUUCCUCCACCAGAAAGUGAUGUCACGAGAGGCAACGGCGCUGAAGCAGCUUAAGUCCUGUUACAGAGUGUUCCAUAGUGUUUCAUAUAGGAGCAGUGGCGCUUGUGCGGAGAGGGUGAACCCUGAGCGGAGUUCGCAGCUAAAGACUCUCAUCCUCCAAUACUUUCAGGGGAAUAAUCCUCUGGAUGAGACUGAAGAUGACCCUGAAAACAGCCUUAGUAAGGUAAAGGCUGAAGACUGGAAGGUUCAGGUCUGCAGCGACGUUCGUCAUUUCCUCUCCAUUCACCAGGAUGAACGAUUUUCUGGAAGAGCCAUUGCCCGUAUCUUCCAUGGGAUUGGCAGCCCAUGUUAUCCUGCGCAGAUAUAUGGUAGGGAUCGAAGAUUUUGGAGGAAGUAUCUCCAUUUGGAUUUUAACCAAGUUAUGCAGCUCUGUAAGGAGGAAAUUAUUAGACUGAAAUGACUUUGGCG